AUGGGAUAGAAUAUAUGUGGUGCCAUGAAUGGAUAAAAUUAGUAGUAAAUUUCUAAUAUGCAAGAAAUAAGUGAAUUAGAUUUUAAUAGAAACUCUACUUAUAAGAAACUUGAGCAGUAUUCGUAUACAGUUUGCAAAGAAAAAGAUAUUUCGCCAGUCUUUAAUAUUAUGAUCCAACGGCUUCUUUCUAUGGGUUAGUAUGAUUUGUUUAACCACAUUAGCAAAUUAUCUACAUAAGAAUAAAAAAAUGAGUAUUUGAGAUAUUUAGAUUCAAUAAGUCAUGAAAUGGAAGUUGUAGAUUCACUCUACCAUCACUUCAUUAAGUAGUCUAAUUAAUUGGCAGAAGAAAUUAAUGAUGAUUUAGAUAUAGAUGUAAUUAAGCAUGUGGAUAAUGUUUUAAAUAUUGAAGAUAUUCCAUAUGGAGACUAUGAAAGAUUAUAUAGCACUGGUUUAAAAUUAAUUAGAUAAAAAUAAGUUGCUUUAGUGAUUAUGGCAGGUGGAAGAAAUCUUAGAUAUGAUAAAGAUCUCGUUAAAAGCUCAACUGAUAUAGGAUUACCAUCUUCAUAGUGCAUAAUGGAAUUAAUUGGAAGAAAGUUGUGGACACUUAAGGAAAUAGCCUUUGCAAACUCAGCUAACCAACAAUCAUCUUCAUUUUAGAUUUAUAUAGUAGUAAACUAUUAGAAUAGCUCUUUAAUUAAAAAUAUAUGGCAGAAAAGUAAUUAUUUUGGCUUUAAUGAGUAUGAUGUUACCUUUAUAUUUUAAAAUUCUUACCCUAUCACUGACAUGCAAGGAAAGUUAAUUUUAAAAAAUGAUACUUAGUGCCAUUUAUUUCCCUGUGGUACAGGCGACGUUGUUCUCUAGCUCAUUCAUAAUAGGCAUUUAAAUAAAUUAGUUGAAAAAGGAUAUAGAUAUAUUCAUUUUAUUGGUGUUGAAAACCUCUUAGUAAAACCUUUAGAUCCCUUAUUCAUUGGUAUUGCUAGUGAAAAUAGGAAAGCUAUUAAUUAGAAAAUUGUAUAAGUAGACAGGAACGAAUCUGAGUUUUAUAGAAUCGCAAAUAUCAAUGGUAGAGCUUCUUUACUAGAAUUUGACUCUAUUAAAAAGCUGUUAAAGCAAAAAAUGGUCAAUAAUAAAUCACAAAUACCUAAGGAUAUAGAUGAUGCUCCUGCUUUUUUGUUUAACACAUUAAUUUCUAUUAAUUUUUUGGUAGAGUUUUCACAUAGAGUAGAUUUAAAAUAGGCGUUUGAGUCUAAAUUUAGAGUCAUGAAAAGGUGUUUACAGUUAACACAAGAAACACCCUAAGAAAAUUUAGUUUAAUAGCAAAAUGGAGAAAAUAACAUUCUUAUAUUUGAGAAGUAAAUUGGAGAUAUUAUUGAAUUAACUGAUGAUAUAAAUUUCGUAAUGGUGCACGAAGCAGAGGAGUUUGCACCCAUAAUCUUUAAUAAAGGUGUAUAUUCUCCUUAAGAUGCAAUAUAAAAACUUUCUAAUUUACAUAAAAGAUGGCUAAAAUUUGAAAUUAACGAAACAAGAGAAAGUGAUAUAAUAGAAGUUUGUCCUUAAAUUUCAUAUGCUGGAGAAGGUCUUGAUAUUUGUGCUGAGUAUUUAAGACACAACUGGUAGAAUUAAUAGUUUCCUCUUUAUAUAAACUUCAAAAAGGCAAUUUAAUUUGAAACAACAUAAAAUAAUGAAAAUCACCAUGCAGUAAAUAACAGCCAUUUUAAUCACUCAAUUUAAUUUUAAAAUGAAGACAAAAAAUACGAUAACCCUUCCUUAUACCACUCAAUAGAUGGUCAUGCAAUGAAUGGUGCUGAUUAAUCAUUUACUUAACGCAAAGAAAUUGACCUGAUAUAUAAAUCAUACAAUAAUUUAGGGAGUGGAAACUCAAAUAUGUAAAUACCGAUUUCUUAAAAAAACAUAUAAAACUAAAUCAUUUUAGAAGAACCUUAUAAAAUUAAUGGAAAUCCUAUGAUACGUAGUAGCAAUAACGCUAAUUAAAAUUUAAAUAACCACAAUGGUAAACACAGAAAGUUCUCUCUCAACGACAAUAAAUAUUUAGAUUAAAAUAAUGGAUUUUAAGAUAACAAAGUUGUCAAGCCUACAAAUUAAAUAAAAAUAUGA